AUGGUGAAGCCGGGCCGCUUGGCAAAGGCCGCCCGUGAGAAGGCCGGCCUGGAUCGGAAGGGCCCUCGCGCACCAACGUCGGAGGAGAAAGACGCUCCGCACGCGCUUGCCGACGAGGUGUACGAGGAGGAGGUGGUUCAGGCGGAGAACGACGGCGUGAUGGAUUGCGAAGAAGAGAUGUUCACCGAUCUGGCCGAAGCGAUCAUUCCCGUUGGCGACCGAACGUGGUGCCCCGAGGAAGCAGCGCGCAACGCGAAGCUCGCGCUGGAGGAAGCCGAGAUGGCUGCCGCUGAAGCCGAGAGCUACUUAAUGGAGCUGGACAUGCUCCUCAAGAAGGAUAUCGGCGUCUGA